ACGUGUCUGCCGGAGUCGGCCAUAGUGCAUGCGCAGUGGCAGCCGCACAACCAGCGGGUGCGCCCGGCGUUUGUGGUGUGCGUGGACCCGCAGCUGGGGGCCGUGGUGGUGGCUGUCAGAGGCACCUCCGACACCGCUGACAUGCUCGUCAAUGCCGGCACCUUUCCACACGAUUUCCUGGGCGGCAAAGACCACAUCGAGCACGCACUGCGCACGUGGCAUGGCAUGCCGGUGCGGCGCCUUGUGUUUGUGGGGCACAGCCUGGGCGCGGCUGUGGCUAUCUUGGCAGGCAUGAUGCUGCGGCAUGAGAACAACCGCCUGCACGCGCACCCUCAUGCACAGGGCAGCGCAGGUCAUGGCGAGGCGUCAAGAGAGAGCAUGCAUGCUGUGACAGGUGCCAACCACUCUCAUGCUGCUCCCGCCAAGCGUGGUGGUAGGCGUGGUGGCAGGGGGCGGAGGUCAGAAGGGCGGCAGCAGGAGAGGUUGUGGGGGGACAGGGAGUCAGAGGAGCUGCAGGAGGCAGCGGCGGAAGCAGUGGUGGGAGCAGGGAGGGGGUUGUAUGGUGUGGAGGUGCAGUGUGUGGGGUACGGUCCGCCUGCAUGCAUGACUUCGGACUUGGCCCAGCAGUGCACCUCCUUUGUCACCUGUGUGCUACUGCAGCACGACUUAGUUCCUCGGUAUGUGCAUCUCUUUCCCGAACGCCUCUACUUUAUGGUUUCCCAUACACCUCUACUUUAUGGUUUCCCAUACACCUCUACUUUAUGGUUUCCCAUACACCUCUACUUUAUGGUUUCCCACACGCUUCUGCUUGUCCGUGUUUGCCUCCAUGCCCUCGGCCGCCCCACCCCUUCCUCCUAUGGACCCCUGUUUGCCACCGGCAGGUUCUCUCUUGCCAGUGUGGAGUUGCUGCGGCAGGCCAUCGGCACGUUUGACUGGGACCAUGCAGAGGCGGUGCUGGGGUGGCAUGACGAGGACUGGCAGCGCGUCAAGGCGGCCAGGGACCUGCUCACGCGCCUCAAGGACCUGCAGAGCACCGCCGUGGGGGCAGCGGCAGCCGUGCAGGGGACUGCAGUGUCGGCGGCAGCAGCAGUGCAGCAAUCAGCGGCGGGUGUGGCGGCCUCCGUGCAGCAGUCACCACUGCUGGGGGCUGCAGUGGGGGCGGCUGGAGCAGUGCAGAGCCAGGCAAUGGGUGCGGCAGCAGCGGUGCAGGGAGCUGCGGUGGCAGUGACGGGGGCGGCAGUUGGGCUGGGUGGCAAGGCACAGGAGCUCCAGCACGUGGUGGCGGAGAGGGUCCCUGAGAUCGUAGCAGAUGCCAUUCCACACGGGGUGGUUGAGCUCGUGGGGGGCGCAAGGGCGAAGCAGCAGGAGAAUGGUAGCAAGGGGCAAAAGGGGGGGGCGAAUGAGGGGCAGUUGGGCCAGGUGAUGCGUGGAAGCGAUGGGCAGUCCAGGCGUGGGCAAGGUCUGGAUGAUGUGGUUGAGGAGGAUGGGGCAGAGAGUGCUGAAGGGGAUGGCAUGAAAGCAGGGGGGGGGGAAAGAGCGGAAGAGGCAGGGGAGGACUGGCAGGCAGAUCAAGAGUGGGUGGAGGCGCAACACAUGGAGGGUGGGGCGGAUGCCAUUGGCUCUAGUAGCGACAGUGGGGAAGGCGUUAACAGUAACGACGCUGGGGAAGCUGGAAUGGAGGCUAUGGUGCAGAGAGGUGAGUGCAACGACGAGGGAAGUGGCGUGGAGAGAAGUAAGGUGGCGGAAGCAGUGGACAGCAACGAGGAUGGGAGCACUGCGGGGAGAGAGGGUAAAAAUGAGGAGCGGGCUGAAAAGCCAGAGAGUGCUCAUGAGAAGCAGCAGCAAGAAGAUUUUGCGCCACCCCUUUACCCCCCUGGUCGUCUGCUGAUGCUGUGCUGCGACCCCCCUGGUUGUGGCCAUCGCCCCACCACUCGCAAGGAAGUGCACCCGCAGAGGCAGUUUGGUGUGUUCCCCUCGCACGAGGAGGUGGCGGGAGGUGACAUGCGGUGGCAGGUGGUGGAGGUGCAGCAGGAGGCGGUGCGCGAGAUAGUGGUGUCGCCGUGGUGCAUCAGCGACCACAUGCCAGGCACCAUGGGCGAGGGGCUCAACUGGAUCACGGCACAUGUGGGGGACGGCGAACGGGGCAGGGUGGAAGGCGGGAGGGACAAUGGUGAACGAGGGGUAAGGAAGCGGGAAGAGUAG